AUGAAUGGAACAAACCACUCUGUAGUAUCUCAGUUUGUACUCUUGGGACUUUCCAAUUCCUUGGAGAUUCAGAUUUUUCUUUUUUUCUUUUCUUGUCUUUUUUAUUUAUCCAGUUUGGUAGGAAAUUUCCUCAUAGUCAUCACUGUAAUCUCUGCCCCUUCCUUGCGUUCUCCCAUGUAUUUCCUGCUGGCCAAUCUCUCGGUCAUUGAUCUAAUAUUUUGCUCCAUUGCAGCACCAAAAAUGAUUAGUGAUCUUUUUAGGAAGCAGAAAGUCAUCUCCUUUGGGGGUUGCAUAGCUCAGAUCUUCUUUAGCCAUGCUGUUGGAGGCACAGAGAUGGUGCUGCUCACAGCCAUGGCCUUUGACAGGUAUGUGGCUAUAUGUAAGCCUCUGCACUACUUGACUAUCAUGAGCCCAUGGAUGUGCAUUGUUAUUUUAGUGGGUGCCUGGGCCAUUGGUCUCAUUCAUUCAUCAGCCCAGUUGACUUUUGUAGUAAACUUGCCCUUCUGUGGCCCUAAUGUGUUGGACAGCUUUUAUUGUGACAUACCUCGGCUCAUCAAACUUGCUUGCACAGAUACUUAUAAGCUGGAAUUCAUGGUAACUGCUAACAGUGGAUUCAUUUCCUUGAGUGCAUUUUUCUUGCUCCUGCUCUCUUACUUCUUCCUCCUGGGCACUCUUCAAAAACAUUCCUUAGGAGGUUCACGCAAGACUGUUUCCACUUUGUCUGCUCAUAUUACUGUAGUGGUUUUAUUCUUUGGUCCACUUAUUUUUUUCUAUAUGUGGCCUUCUCCAUCAACACACAUGGACAAAUUUCUAGCCUUGUUUAAUGCAGUUUUGACUCCUUUCCUAAAUCCAGUCAUUUACACAUUCCGGAAUAAAGAAAUGAAGGAAGCAAUGAGAAAGUUGUUGAAGCAGCUCUUGGGUGUUAGAAAAUUCUGGCUUGAUGGGAAGACAGAAUCUAGUCUAAGUGACUCCUGGAAAUCAUAA